AAAAAAAACAAAAAAACAAAAAAAAAAAAACAACGAGAACCGCGUCCCGGUAAACUAACUGCUGUUAAAAAUAUAUAAUCAUAGAGGAUUUAAACUUCCCCGCAGCCGGGGAAACUUUUAAAAGAUCGCAACGCAGAGGCGACCUUACCGUUUUAGGGCUCAGAUUUGCGGCUUUAUUCGGAUGUUUGAAGCGAAUAAGGUAAUUUUCUUUAUUUGUUUUCUAACACAGUUUAAAUGUUUGUUAUUCGCAGUAGUGACGUUUUUAGAGUGGAAAGGAAUUAGUUAAUUAUUAUUAUUAUUAUUUAUUAUUAUUAUUAUUAUUAUUAUUAUUAUUAUUUGCUGUACAGACUCGUUUCAAAACACUUUUUUUUCUCUCCUCGGCCCCCCUCGCUGUGUGUGGCUACAUUUACAGGCCCCGGGGGUCUGACUUGCUCAAUUAAAAAUGCGCUAGUGUUGGCUGAAACUGUCGCUGUUUCCCGGCGGUUUCCGAGAGCUUUGGACCGAGGGGAAAGGGGUGAGGCCUGCGGGUCGGGCUUUCACCGGGCUAGAGUAGCUGCGCUCGCUGGAUUUGGGUGCAGAGGGGCCGGCUGCAGUGGCAGUCUCGAAUCCGCUGGCCCAGCGAGACGAUAUGGAGCGGAUGGAGGUGGAUCAGUGCGCAGGCGCAGCUGCGGGAAGCGGAGGGGCUCUGCGGCGGUCCAACAGCGCCCCCAUGAUCACGGGUGUCAGUGACGGCGCGGCCGUGUUCCACGCGGGGGGGUCCACGCGCUAUCGGAGGAGCAGCGUGUCCGUCAAUCUCAGCUGCCCGGGACUGGCCCUCCCCCUCUCUCCAUUCCGAUUGGCCAGUGGUCGGUUGGAGCCUCACAAGCAGGAGGAAAGCAUGGAGAUGAACUCCAGAGACACACUGCCGAGGAACAGCUCCCAGCACUCCCAGCACACAGUCAGGAACUGGGAUGAAGGAUUCUCACUGCCAAUUCAUGCUGUUGACAGUGGGGUCACGCCAAAUUCGUCCCCCAGUCCAACAAGGAGGUUUGCAAGGAGAAGUGUGAGGCCCAGUGUGCUCUCCCCGCCCCUGGGAUCCCUCAAGAGAAAAGGUGGCGUGGAUCUCGACGCCCCCCCUAAGAAGCUGUUUGUGGCGGGGGUGCCAGGACGGGGACGCUCGGACUCUGCUCUCCUCACAGCGGACUGCUCUCUCAGCGUGUUCCCUGCUGGGUGCGUCGGAGCCGAGGUCCCAGUCUGCACCCCGCCCCAGGACCCCCCUCCUCUGUCCCUCGCAGUCUCCCUGCCAGCCCCCCACUCUCCACUCUGCUUCCCUCAAGCCUUCACCACACAGCCCCCUGGCAUCUAACCAAUCAGAGGGCUGGAGAGGGUGGGGCACUGGGGGCUGGGCCAAUCAGAGGAUGAGAGACCAGGAGCUGGGCCAAUCAGAGACCGGAGACUAGGAGUGGGGCCAAUCAGAGACCAGAGAUUGGGAACUGAGAUAAUCUGAGGGAAGGAGAGGACAACAUGCUGGACCAAUCAGAGAAAAGGAGACUAGUGGGUUGGGCCAGUCAGAAAGAAGUCUGAGCUGCUUUCAGGCUGCCUCUUGUGUUUCCUGUCUGCAGUUUUUCCUUCCCGGUGACCCAGUUGAAGUGAGGAAA